ACUAUAUUACAUGGCAUUGAUCAAUAGGAACCAGUCGGUUCCCAACACCAUACAGGAUGGCGCUUGAAUGGGCAGUCCCAUGGAUCAGCCUCUGCUUUGGACUGUCUGCUGCAUCCAGUGUCAUGGUUCAGGCGGUGACCAAAGUACCAGUAUUUACAGAAUUGAAAGCCUCCCAUGACGACCAGUUCUGCAGCACAUGGGGAAACUACCAUUUCAGGACAUUCGAUGGAGAGUUCUUCCAGCUUCGCUCCAAUUGCAACUAUCUCCUUGCGUCCAACUGUAAAGGCAGCUACGAGGAUUUCAACAUCCAGCUGCAACGGCAAGAGACAGGCGGGAUUACUGCCAUAAAGCGGGUGGCCAUGAGGCUAAAUGGUGCUGUAGUGGAACUGUCCAGCUCCUCCGUCAUGGUCAAUGACAAGCUUGUGGCGCUGCCUUUCAGCCAGGUUGGCAUCUCAAUCGAAAGAACUUUCUCCUACGUUAAAGUGGAGGCAACAAUGGGUGUGAUUGUCAUGUGGAACGAACAAGACACGCUCUGGGUUGAGUUGGAUGCAAAAUACAAGAAUCAGACUUGUGGCUUGUGUGGUGACUUCAAUGGAGAUCAGAUUGAGGGACAAAUCGAGGACGUUGGGGAGGCUUGGAAAUCCAACAGUCCAACUGAAAACUGUGAUGAAAACUUGUCUCCUUACCCACAGACCUGCUCUAAAACUCAGAGAUCCACCUGUGAGAACGUUGUUUCAGGACCUGCUUUCCUCAGUUGUCAAGACCUAAUCGACAAGGACGCUUUUGUGGAAGCGUGCGUGAAAGACUUGUGCAAUUGUAAUGACUCCACUCCCUGUUUAUGUUCGACCAUGUCAGAGUACUCGCGCCAAUGCGCUCACGCAGGAGGGGAGCCGCAGGAAUGGAACGCACAUUUGUGCGUUAAAAAAAUAUGCCCACUUAACAUGGUGUACAAAGAGUGUGGGAGCCCCUGCACAGACACCUGCAGCAACCCACAGAGGAGUGAAGUGUGUGAAGAACAUUGCAUAGAUGGAUGCUUCUGUCCUUCUGGGACCCUCUUGGAUGACAUUGGUGAUAAUGGAUGUUUGCCUGUGGACCAGUGCUCCUGCAUACACAACGGCCAGCCAUACAAACCUGGUGAAUCCUACUCCAGGGCCUGUCAGACAUGCACGUGUACUCAGGGUGAAUGGAGGUGUAGUGACAAGGACUGCCCUGGUGUCUGCUCCAUACUGGGAGGCUCCCACAUCUCCACCUAUGAUGAUAAAACAUACACUUUCCAUGGCGACUGCUCCUAUGUUAUUACAAGGCAGGUGAAUGGGACUUUCGUUGUCCUGGGUGAACUUGUCAAAUGUGAGAAAUCGGAUAAAUCAACUUGUCUGAAUGCAGUCGCUCUAGUGCUCUCAAAAUCCUUGGUGAUUGUUGUGGAAGCAAGCGGGCAAGUUUUUGUCAACAAACUGACCUCUCAGCUGCCUCUCUUCAUGGAUGACAUAACAAUCUUCAGUCCAUCCACAUUUUACAUUGUGAUCCACACUGUCUACGGGCUUCAGCUUGAAAUCCAGCUCACGCCCAUCAUGCAGGUUCACAUCAAAGCCGGCCUGUCUCACAGCGGCAAACUCCAUGGUCUUUGUGGGGAUUUUAACAAUGUUGAAGUCGAUGACUUCAAAACCAUAUGUGGAAUGAUUGAAGGGACAGCUGCUACAUUUGCCAACUCAUGGAGGGCUAAAGGAGGAUGUCCAGAUGUCACCAAUACACUCGGUGACCCCUGCCUUCUGAGUGUAGACAAGGAGAAAUAUGCCAACCACUGGUGCUCCUUGCUGACCAACACAUCAGGGGUGUUUUCCAAGUGCCAUUCCGAGAUAAACCCAGAAGAAUACCUUACUUCCUGUAUCUAUGACACGUGUGCCUGCGAAAACAGCGAGGAUUGCAUGUGUGCUGCCAUGUCCUCCUAUGUUCACGCAUGUGCCGCUGCUGGUGUCUCCUUAAGUGGAUGGCGGGAGGCGGUGUGCAAAAAAUACACAACCUGCCCUUCAACUUUAGUAUUUGACUACAACAUGACAAGCUGUGGCCGCACAUGCCGCUCUCUGAGUCAGUCGGAUUUAACUUGUGAGGUUGACUUUACACCCGUGGAUGGCUGUGGCUGUGCUGAGGGCACUUACCUCAACGAGAAAAGGGAGUGUGUGGCAGCAUCCCAGUGCUCCUGCUAUGUAGGGGACAUGGUGGUGCGGCCCAAGCAGACUGUCAGGGCUCAUGGACAAAUAUGCUCCUGCCGUAGUGGAAAACUAAUCUGUACAGGAAACCCCACAACUGAAUCCUGCAUCGCACCAAUGGUUUUCUUCAACUGCUCAAGUUCAAAGCCAGGCGACAUGGGCUCAGAGUGCCAAAAAACCUGCCAGACUCUGGACACAGAAUGUGUCAGCUCACAUUGUGUCUCAGGCUGCGUAUGUCCUGCUGGUCUGUUGUCUGAUGGUAAAGGAGGCUGUAUUGAAGAGUCUCAAUGUCCCUGCACGUAUAAUGGACAAUCCUACAAACCUGGACAGACUGUUAAAGUGGACUGCAACACCUGCACUUGCAAAAGCAGACAAUGGCAGUGCACCGAUCGGCAGUGUGAUGGAAGCUGUACAAUAUAUGGGGAAGGCCAUUACAUCACCUAUGAUGAGAAGAAAUUUUCUUACAAUGGGGACUGUGAUUACGUCUUUACUCAGGACUACUGCAGUGACAGUAAGGAGGGCACCUUUAGGGUCCUGACUGAGAGCAUUCCGUGUGGGACAAGUGAUAACGUCUGCUCCAUUGCUAUCAAGCUCUUCUUAGGGAACACCGAAAUUGUCCUUAAAGAGGAAAAUGUCAAAGUUAUCAAACAUAACAAAGGGUUAGACAUACCCUAUAAAGUCCACUCUAUCGGUAUGUAUGUUGUCAUUGAGGCAAGGAAUGGCCUUGUUCUCAUCUGGAAUAAGAAGACGACACUCAUGAUCAAACUUAGCUCUACAUUCAAGGGAAAAGUUUGUGGUCUAUGUGGAAAUUACGACGGAAGCAUCAAGAAUGAUUUUUCCACCAGAAACAAAGAGGUUGUGGUAGAUGCCUUUGAGUUUGGAAACAGCUGGAAAGUGUCACCAAGCUGUCCCAAUACAAAUGCACUAAAAAAUCCCUGCGUGCUGUACUCGCACAGGCAGGCAUGGGCUCUGAAACACUGUAGCAUUAUCAAGAGCGAAGUGUUUGACGCUUGUCAUUCAAUGGUGGAUCCACAGCAUUAUUACGAUGCCUGUGUAAGAGACACAUGUGCCUGCAAUACUGGAGGAGAUUGUGACUGCUUCUGCUCGGCUGUGGCAGCCUACGCAGCCGCCUGUAAUAAGGCUGGCGCUUGCAUAAAAUGGAGAACACCCACUGUCUGUCCUGUAUUCUGCGAUUACUACAAUCCUGAUGGUGAAUGUGAAUGGCACUACGAGCCUUGCGGAAAACCAUGCAUGAAGACCUGCAGAAAUCCCUCAGGACAAUGCUAUACCCAAAUCCCACCAUUAGAAGGCUGCUAUCCAAGGUGUCCACCUGCACAACCAUAUUUGGAAGAGGAAACAAUGAAGUGUGUGUCAAGGGAAGACUGUGGAUGCUAUGAUGAUGAUGGGAAGCAUUAUACCGAAGGACAGAUAAUGCCUCAGACAGAAAACUGUCAGACAUGUAAAUGUAUUUCAACAAAUAGGGAAUGUGCCUAUGAUGCCAAAGCUUGCACUUGCUCAUAUAAAGGGAAAAUAUACAAGUAUGGAGAAGUUGUAUAUGACAUUCAUGAUGGAGACGGAACCUGUAUUACUGCGUAUUGUGGUGAACAUGGAAAUAUUACAAGAGUGGUUAGACCUUGCAGUUCUUCAACAACACAGCAGCCAACAACAACUGAAUUUGUGUUUGUGACAACAGAAAGACCAACCUCUACAGCAGUGGCCCAAACUACAACAAGAGAAAAACCCAUCAAAACAACCCUCCAACCCACAACGUUCACAGAAGAGCCCACCACCAUAACAACAAUCACAGAAAUGCCAUCCAUACCAACAACGAUUCCAACAAACCCAACCACAAUUACAACAGAAAAGCCCCAAACCACCACAACCACAGAAAAGCCAACAUCAACACCAUCUGACUGUCUUGUUUGUCACACGUCACCUUGGAUCAACAAUCAUUACCCUGACUUUACUCCCAAUGGUGGAGAUUAUGAGUCUAUUGAAAAUAUAACCGAUCCAAAUCUGAGAGAAUGUGAACAACCACUUCAAAUUGAAUGCAGAGCAAAACACUACCCAGAUUUAUCUUUGGAUGAACUAGAUCAGAAAGUAACAUGCAACCCAACAGAUGGACUGAUCUGCCAUAACAAAGACCAAGGCAUCCCUCCAAUUUGUUAUGACUAUGAGAUACAAGUCAAAUGUUGCAUUAACGAUUGUGCCACGCCAACCAAAGCUACAACUACAAGUGCAACAACACCCACAAUGACAACAGGAAAGCCCAGCACAACUGCACCCACAACUACAGAAAAUCCAUCCAUCCCAACGACCAUUCCAACAAACCCAACUACUGUUACAACAGAAAAGGCAACAACACGUGCAAUGACAACAGAAAAACCCAGCUCUACUGCAGCCACAACUACAGAAAAGCCUACGACUAAUGCCAAAACAACAAUUACACCCACAGAAAUACCCACCACAGGUACAGAGGUACCUACUACAAUCACAGUUACAGAAAAACUUACCACCACAAUUACACAAAAGGCCAGUACUACUGUUGCUGUAACCCCAGAAAAGCCCACAACUGUGGCUGCUACAACCAUUAUGGCAACUCAACUACCCACGACAACUACAAAAAAACCGACAACAGUUACAGAAUUUCCAACAACAACAGAGCAACACACCACGAUCGUCACAGUUACAGAAAAACCCAGCACAGCAUUUACAGAAAAAAUAAGUACUACUGCUACACCAACAGAAAUACCAAUCACUGUCACGGAAAAUCAGACAACUACAGAGAGACCAACCACUGCUGCCACAGUGGUAAAAACAACCACAGCCUCAGAAACAAUUGGUACGACAUCCACUACAGUCACAGAAAAAUUAACCACAGUAAUGACAGAACAGCCUAGCACCACAGCCAAAACAACAGAGAGUUCCACGACUACCACAAUGAAAACAACAGGAAAACCCAUCACCACUACACCUGAAGUUGUUACAAAUACAGCUGUUACACUUGCACCAUCGACAGGACCAUUGAUCACAUCGACAACAAAGGCCCAAACAACAACAGAAAAACCCAUCAAAACAACCGUCCAACCCACAACAUUCACAGAAGAGCCCACCACCAUAACAACAACCACAGAAAUGCCAUCCAUACCGACAACCAUUCCAACAAACCCAACCACAACGGAAAAGCCCCAAAUCACCACAACCACAGAAAAGCCAACAUCAACACCGUCUGACUGUCUUGUUUGUCACACGUCACCUUGGAUCAACAAUCAUUACCCUGACUUUACUCCCAAUGGUGGAGAUUAUGAGUCUAUUGAAAAUAUAACCGAUCCAAAUCUGAAAGAAUGUGAACAACCACUUCAAAUUGAAUGCAGAGCAAAACACUACCCAGAUUUAUCUUUGGAUGAACUAGAUCAGAAAGUAACAUGCAACCCAACAGAUGGACUGAUCUGCCAUAACAAAGACCAAGGCAUCCCUCCAAUUUGUUAUGACUAUGAGAUACAAGUCAAAUGUUGCAUUAACGAUUGUGCCACACCAACCAAAGCUACAACUACAAGUGCAACAACACCCACAAUGACAACAGAAAAACCCAGCACAACUGCAGCCACAACCACAGAAAAGCCUACGACUAAUGCCAAAACAACAAUUACACCCACAGAAAUACCCACCACAGGUACAGAGGUACCUACUACAAUCACAGUUACAGAAAAACUUACCACCACAAUUACACAAAAGGCCAGUACUACUGUUGCUGUAACCCCAGAAAUGCCCACAACUGUGGCUGCUACAACCAUUAUGGCAACUCAACUACCCACGACAACUACAGAAAAACCUACAACAGUUACAGAAUUUCCAACAACAACAGAGCAACACACCACGAUCGUCACUGUUACAGAAAAACCCAGCACAGCAUUUACAGAAAAAAUAAGUACUACUGCUACACCAACAGAAAUACCAACCACUGUCACGGAAAAUCCAACAACUACAGAGAGACCAACCACUGCCGUCACAGUAGUAAAAACAACCACAGCCUCAGAAACAAUUGGUAGUACAUCCACUACAGUCACAGAAAAAUUAACCACAGUAAUGACAGAACAGCCUAGCACCACAGCCAAAACAACAGAGAGUUCCACGACUACCACAAUGAAAACAACAGGAAAACCCAUCACCACUACACCUGAAGUUGUUACAAAUACAGCUGUUACACUUGCACCAUCGACAGGACCAUUGAUCACAUCGACAACAAAGGCCCAAACAACAACAGAAAAACCCAUCAAAACAACCGUCCAACCCACAACAUUCACAGAAGAGCCCACCACCAUAACAACAACCACAGAAAUGCCAUCCAUACCGACAACCAUUCCAACAAACCCAACCACAACGGAAAAGCCCCAAACCACCACAACAACAGAAAAGCCAACAUCAACACCGUCUGACUGUCUUGUUUGUCACACGUCACCUUGGAUCAACAAUCAUUACCCUGACUUUACUCCCAAUGGUGGAGAUUAUGAGUCUAUUGAAAAUAUAACCGAUCCAAAUCUGAAAGAAUGUGAACAACCACUUCAAAUUGAAUGCAGAGCAAAACACUACCCAGAUUUAUCUUUGGAUGAACUAGAUCAGAAAGUAACAUGCAACCCAACAGAUGGACUGAUCUGCCAUAACAAAGACCAAGGCAUCCCUCCAAUUUGUUAUGACUAUGAGAUACAAGUCAAAUGUUGCAUUAACGAUUGUGCCACACCAACCAAAGCUACAACUACAAGUGCAACAACACCCACAAUGACAACAGAAAAACCCAGCACAACUGCAGCCACAACCACAGAAAAGCCUACGACUAAUGCCAAAACAACAAUUACACCCACAGAAAUACCCACCACAGGUACAGAGGUACCUACUACAAUCACAGUUACAGAAAAACUUACCACCACAAUUACACAAAAGGCCAGUACUACUGUUGCUGUAACCCCAGAAAUGCCCACAACUGUGGCUGCUACAACCAUUAUGGCAACUCAACUACCCACGACAACUACAGAAAAACCUACAACAGUUACAGAAUUUCCAACAACAGAGCAACACACCACGAUCGUCACUGUUACAGAAAAACCCAGCACAGCAUUUACAGAAAAAAUAAGUACUACUGCUACACCAACAGAAAUACCAACCACUGUCACGGAAAAUCCAACAACUACAGAGAGACCAACCACUGCCGCCACAGUAGUAAAAACAACCACAGCCACAGAAACAAUUGGUAGUACAUCCACUACAGUCACAGAAAAAUUAACCACAGUAAUGACAGAACAGCCUAGCACCACAGCCAAAACAACAGAGAGUUCCACGACUACCACAAUGAAAACAACAGGAAAACCCAUCACCACUACACCUGAAGUUGUUACAAAUACAGCUGUUACAGUUGCACCAUCGACAGGACCAUUGAUCACAUCGACAACAAAGGCCCAAACAACAACAGAAAAACCCAUCAAAACAACCGUCCAACCCACAACAUUCACAGAAGAGCCCACCACCAUAACAACAACCACAGAAAUGCCAUCCAUACCGACAACCAUUCCAACAAACCCAACCACAACGGAAAAGCCCCAAACCACCACAACCACAGAAAAGCCAACAUCAACACCAUCUGACUGUCUUGUUUGUCACACGUCACCUUGGAUCAACAAUCAUUACCCUGACUUUACUCCCAAUGGUGGAGAUUAUGAGUCUAUUGAAAAUAUAACCGAUCCAAAUCUGAAAGAAUGUGAACAACCACUUCAAAUUGAAUGCAGAGCAAAACACUACCCAGAUUUAUCUUUGGAUGAACUAGAUCAGAAAGUAACAUGCAACCCAACAGAUGGACUGAUCUGCCAUAACAAAGACCAAGGCAUCCCUCCAAUUUGUUAUGACUAUGAGAUACAAGUCAAAUGUUGCAUUAACGAUUGUGCCACGCCAACCAAAGCUACAACUACAAGUGCAACAACACCCACAAUGACAACAGAAAAACUCAGCACAACUGCAGCCACAACCACAGAAGAGCCUACAACUAAAGUCAAAACAACCAUUACACCCACUGAAAACCCCACAACAGCUAUAGAAAUACCAACAACCACAGUUACAAUAAAACCUACGACUAUAGUUACACAAAAGGCCAGUACUACUGUUGCUGUAACCACACAAAGUCCCACAACUGUGGCUGCCACAACCCACCCAGCCACUGAACGACUUACUACAACUACAGAAAAACCAACUACAGUUACAGAAUUUUCAAGCACAGCAACAGAGCAACACACCUCAACUGUCGCAGUCACAGCAAAACCCACCACAGCAUCUACACAAAAAAUAAGCACAAUUGCUGCAACAACAGAAAUAAAAACCACUGUCACUGAAAAUCCCACAACUACAGAAAGACCAACCAUUGCAACAACAGUAACACAAACAACGACAUCCUCAGAAACCAUUGGUACAACCUUCACUACAAACAAAGUAACAGAAAAAUUAACCACAGUGAUUACAGAACAGCCUAGCACCACAGCCAAAACAACAGGAAAACUGACCACGGAAGCUACAGAAAAGCCCACCAUAAUCACGACAGAAAAGAUAGCCACAACAAUGCAGAAACAAACAACCACGGAAAGUCCCACCACUACCGCAGUCACAACUGGAAAACCCAUCACCACUACUCCUGAGGUUGUCACAAAUACGGUUGUUACAAUUGCACCAUCAACAGCACCCAUGGUCACAUCAACAACAGAGGCCCAAACUACAACAGAAAAACCCAUUAAAACAACUGUCCAACCCACUACAGUAACGACAACCACAGAAGAGCCAUCCAAACCGACAACCAUUCCAACAAACCCUACAACAGUUACACCUGAGAAGACAACAACACUCACAGAAAAGCCCAGCACUGCUGCAGCCACAACGACAGAAAAGUCAGAGACCACAGUCAUAAUCACAACAGAAAGGAUUAGUACUACUCCCGGCAAAACUACAGAAAAGUUCACUUCCCCAGUGACCACAGAGAAUGCAAUCAAAACAACCACAGAGACAAAUACACAGGCGACAGAAAAGCCUUUGACAACUUCUCAGUCUUCAACAGCAGGCAGAACCACUCAGUGCUUCUGCAAAUAUUUGGAUCACAUUUUCUAUCCAGGGUCUACUAUUUACAAUAAGACAGACGAGGCAGGCUGGUGUUUUACGGCAUACUGCAAUUUGACUUGCCAUGUUGACAAGUAUAUAGGACUAUGUCAGCCGACCACUCCACCAAGUCCUACCACCACCUUAACAACGCCUGCAAUAACAACACGAGUUAUGUCAACAACAGUCAGUACAGCAGCUCCCCCGAAAGACUGUUCCUACCUCAUCCCACCAAGGAAGCAUGGCGAGACUUGGAGUUCAAGUAACUGCACCUUUGAAAAGUGUGAUGAUGGAAAAGUGCUAACAGAACACAAGCCGUGCGAACAAGUAACCAUUCCAGUUUGUGAAAAUGGCCACCCACCAGUUAGGGUUUAUGAUGAAGAUGGUUGUUGUUUCCAUUACGAAUGCAAAUGUAUUUGCACUGGAUGGGGAGAUCCACACUAUGUCACAUUUGAUGGUCAAUACUACAGUUUUCAGAAAAACUGCACCUAUGUUCUGGUUAAAGAGAUCAUUCCUAAACACAAUUUCAAAAUCCUUAUUGACAACGAAAACUGUGAUGCUACAGGAGAAGUUACUUGUGCCAACAGCUUAAUUGUGUAUUACAAGAACUAUGAAGUCAUUCUCACACAGGAGAGAAUCCCAACGACAGUCAACAUGGUGUAUGUCAAUGGCAAGAGAGUCAUCCCAACUUAUUCCAACAAGGACUUUAUUAUUACAAGUAGUUCAAUAGAACUGCUUCUGAGAAUCCCUGCAAUUGAAGCAGUUGUGAUGUUCAAGGGCCUUUUAUUCAGCGUUGAUUUACCAUUUUCCUUAUUCGGCAAUAACACAGAGGGACAGUGUGGAACAUGUGACAAUCAGAAAAAGAAUGACUGCAGAUUGCCUAGCGGUCAGAUUUCCCCCUCCUGCCCCGAGAUGGCGCAUCAGUGGAAUGUGCCAGAUAAGAACAAACCAUACUGCAAUAAGCCGCCUCCUCCAACGACACCAGUUCCAACACCGACACAACCCUUCUGCAAACCUGAAAUUUGUGAAAUUUUAAUCAGCAAGGUGUUUGAGGAAUGCCACAAAGUCAUCUCACCAGAAUCCUUUUAUGAGGCCUGCAAAUUUGAUGUCUGUCAUAUGCCAAACUCCACCGUGGGAUGCUCCAGUUUGGAGGCGUAUGCUAUGAUGUGUGCUGAGGCGUCUGUCUGUGUAGACUGGAGGGGUGCUGCACAAGGGAAAUGCAAAUAUAAAUGUCCUGCGAAUAAAAUCUACAAAUCCUGUGGGCCGGUUGUUGUACCAACUUGCAAUGCAAGAUACAAUGACAAAUAUUCACAGCAAUGCCAGGGAGAAAACAACAGCCACAAAUAUGACUGCAAGAUGUUUGUGGAGGGAUGUUUCUGUCCACCUGGCACAACCUUGUUCAGUUCAAACUCCGAACUCUGCGUCUCAUCUUGUUGCACUGGACCUGAUGGGCAACCAAAACAGUUUGGUGACAGGUGGCAGAGCGGCUGCCAACAGUGCGUCUGUGAUGAAGACACGCUGAGUGUGCAAUGUGAGCCUCGCAUGUGUCCCCCUCAACCACCCAUAGCAUGUGACAAGGAAGGUGAGGUGUUGGUGAACCGUACGGUGGACUGCUGCGAGACGCUGACCUGUGAAUGUGAUAAAAAUCGCUGUCCACUGCCACUGGUAAUGUGCCCAGUGGGGUUUGGGUUGCUGAUGCACGUUGCAAAUGAUAGCUGCUGCCCCACCUAUGAUUGUGUUCCCAAAGGUGUUUGCGUCUUCAAUGACACUGAAUACAAGCCUGGAAUGCACUUUUCCAAAGACCUAUGUGAAACUUGCUUUUGUACCGAAGCUCAAGAUCCAAACAGCAAGCUGAAUGUCAUUGAGUGUCAUCAGAAACUGUGCUUCGUUCAGUGUCCAGAGGACUCUGUGUAUCAAACUCAACCUGGGGAAUGUUGUGGCGUGUGUAAAAAGACAAGCUGUCUUAUUGAGCACCCAGGCUUUGAUCCAGUCAUUAUUAAGCCUUCUCAGUCUUGGUGGCCACCAAAUGAUAACUGUACAAGAUAUGACUGCCACAAGGUGAAAGAUGAGGUCAUCACCUCUGUGAACCAAACCCAGUGUCCUGACUUUGAUCCGGAGCACUGCAUUCCUGGAACAGAACAAGGUGACGUCAGUGGUUGUUGCAAAAGCUGUACUCCUCGUUCCAGCUGUAAAAUGAAUAGAAACACCACCUACUUGCACAUAAAUAAUUGCAAGUCAAUAGUGCCAGUAGAAAUGACGAUCUGCGAGGGAUCCUGUGGCACAUCAACAUCAAUGUACUCUGCAAUAAGCAACAGCCUGAUGCACUCUUGCUCCUGUUGUCAAGAAACGGCUAAGAGCCAGAAGGAAGUGGAGAUGAUUUGCUCUGAUGGCAGGAAGAUAAAGCACUCCUACAUCUCAAUUGAAAAGUGUGGCUGCCAAGUGGCACGAUGUACACAAAACACAACAGACGAAUUCUGACAUUUUUAAAAGGCUAUUUACAUAAAUCUUAAAUUCAUACGUACAAUGAACAUUAAUUGUCGUUUUAACUACUGAUAUUGCUUGGCUUAUUCAUUCUUAGGAGUGGGGAAAACCAAUUUUAUUUCAAUAAACAUUUUCCUAUUGCA